CACUCUGAAAAAUGCCGAGAUCCUUCCUGGUGAAAAGCAAGAAGGCACACACCUACCACCAGCCCCGUGCACAGGACGAUGGGCUGGCCUGGCCUCCUGCCAUAAUUCCUGUGGCAAAAGAGCAUAGCCUGAGUAGCGGCCCGGGCCUCAGCACACUGCUUCCAAGCCAGACCCUGGACUGGAACACAGUCAAACAGGAGCACGGGAUGUUGCUGAACCAGAGCCUGCCCAAGAUGGCCUCAGCCCCAGAGGGGCCUCUUGUGACAUCCCAACCCCAGGAUGGGGAAUCACCGCUCUCCGAGUCACCCCCUUUCUACAAGCCCAGCUUCUCUUGGGAUACACUGGCCUCCUCCUAUAGCCACAACUACCAACAGGCCCCCUCCACGAUGCAGUCGGCUUUCCUAGAGCGCUCUGUGAGGCUGUACGGCAGCCCCCUUGUGCCCAGCACGGAGUCCCCCUUGGAUUUCAGCCUCCGCUACUCCCCGGGCAUGGACACUUACCACUGUGUCAAGUGCAACAAGGUGUUCUCCACCCCUCACGGGCUAGAAGUGCACGUCCGCCGCUCUCACAGCGGAACCCGGCCCUUCGCCUGUGACGUCUGUGGCAAAACCUUCGGCCACGCUGUGAGCUUGGAGCAGCACACGCAUGUCCAUUCCCAGGGUGUCCCAGCCGGGUCCAGUCCUGCGCCCAGCUUGGCUGUCCCAGGCCUCGAGGCCCCACCUGCACCUGACCCCACAGGGCCUCGUUUCCUCCGGCAGGAGCGUAGCUUCGAGUGCCGGAUGUGUGGCAAAGCCUUUAAGCGUUCGUCCACCCUGUCUACCCACUUGCUCAUCCACUCGGACACUCGGCCCUACCCCUGCCAGUUCUGUGGGAAACGCUUCCACCAGAAGUCAGACAUGAAGAAACACACCUACAUCCACACAGGUGAGAAGCCUCACAAGUGCCAGGUGUGUGGCAAGGCCUUCAGCCAGAGCUCCAACCUCAUCACCCACAGUCGCAAGCACACGGGCUUCAAGCCCUUCAGCUGUGAGCUGUGCACCAAGGGUUUCCAGCGCAAGGUGGACCUGCGACGUCACCGUGAAAGCCAACACAACCUCAAGUGAGACUACUGACCAGCCUGCUCCCAUCGGCCAGCCUCACAAUUCCAACCUCAGCCCCCCAGUCC